AGGAAGUAGACCGAACUUGGCAGUUAACUCAACUAUAAACCGCCUAUGUCUGCAGCAUAUUACAAUACGGAUUUGGCAGAAUUGAAUCGUGUCAUUUCAUGAUAUGACCAUUUUGCAAACUGUUGAAAUAGACUACAUUAAACAAAGACAUGACCAGACGUGAUAGUUCAUUAUCAUGAAAUUAAGGUACUUGUGCAGGUCUGAUUAAUUGAACAGCACCAUCAUCAGCUCAAACUUAGAAAGUUAAAUUAAGGCAAAAAGUAAUGCCGGUGUUAACCAGGAGUAACACAACCGCAAGAAGAGACGCAAAUAUAUUGAAACUAAAAAAAGGAACAUGCUACUAAAUAGUUAUUUUAUAGCUGGCAAGGUCUCAAGCGAUAUAAAACGAUGGACUUAUAAUAUUUGAACUUAAUGGACUAUACUCUGUGAGUAUGACUUUCUUACAAAUUGGAGGACUAAGGUUUAACAGCAUCAUGGGUUGGUCAGCAAAGGACAUCGUCAGUGAUGUGAGAGAUAGUAUUUGGUUAAUUGCCUCCAUUAAUACAUGCCGAUCCCCCUGAUGCUCAUCUUUAUUGACAGUGAAAGGUGGAUCUUAAUCUCUGAAUCAACACCUCACAUCCGUUUUAUGAUCUUGCACAGUCUGGGACGCUGAUCUUCGACCGCCUCCUACAAUCGGCUUCACUACCCAGCAGAUGCGCUUGUGCUUUUAUUAGAUCAUCAUAAGGUAAAAAGGCAUUAGCCUACACAAAAAUGAAUGGCUACGGAUCUCCCUACCUCUACAUGGGGGGUCCCGUCUCCCAGCCAAGGGCACCUCUUCAAAGGACUCCGAAGUGCGCCCGGUGCAGAAACCAUGGGGUCCUUUCCUGGCUCAAGGGACAUAAACGUUACUGUCGCUUUAAGGACUGUACCUGUGAAAAGUGCAUCCUAAUCAUUGAGCGGCAGCGAGUAAUGGCAGCUCAGGUUGCCCUAAGAAGGCAGCAGGCAAACGAGAGUUUAGAAAGUCUGAUUCCAGAGUCCUUGAGAACUUUACCGGGCCUCGCCGCGUCUGCCUCGGGAGACAGCAAGCAAGUGCCGCCGAGACGCGGGGAAGGUGUCAUGAGAUGGGCAUCAGAUCAGCCAGGCAGCAUUCAGCCAACAAAACCGGAUCUUAAUGAAGAGUGUUCAGGUGACCAGUCUGGAGGAGACAAUGGAGAGAGCUACAGUGACAAAGAGCAAGACCAAAGAAGUUCACCAGAUGUCUCCAAACCAAAGCCUUGCUACACCCCUGAAAGCCCUGAAGUGGUCCCAGUGCCAGAUGACAGUCGCUACCCUUUACAAAUAAACACUAACAGUACAGAAGCGACAGCAGAGAGCCCUAAACACCACGGAGAACAACAUCUAGUGAUAGAAGGUCUGUCUGGAUCAGUCUCCCUCCCUUUCCAUUUGAAGGCCAACAGACCUCCACUUGAAGUGCUAAAGAAAAUAUUCCCCAGUCAUAAGCCUGCUGUUCUGGAACUGAUCCUUAAGGGUUGUGGGGGCGACCUGGUUGGUGCCAUAGAGGUUCUCCUUUCCAGUAGGUCUGCGCUAAACUCUGACAGAUCGGCCACUGAAGGACCUGAUUCUCUGGUUUUGCCUUCUAAUGGACAUUUGUUUGACCACACAUUGGGCUCCUAUCCAGUGUCAUCAUCCAAAUGGUCAGUGGGAUCCGCGUUUAGGGUUCCAGAUUCUCUAAGGUUUUCCACUGAAUCCAGUAACAUGGUGCCCAGUCCUUUAGCAAUGCCUCUGCAGCAUCCAUUUCCCCAGGCUCCACGGUACCCACUCAUGCUGAGGAAUUCAUUGACAAGAAAUCAAGCCAACCCAUUUGUUCACAAUGACUUGACCUUGUGGAAUACCAUGACCUUGCAGCAGCAAUACCAGCUGAGAUCCCAGUAUGUUUCCCCAUUCUCCAAUGCUUCCAGCAGUGUCUUCAGAAGUUCUCCAGUCCUUCCAGCUCGUCCCUCGGAGGAUCACAGGAUUACAAUUCAGGAGGAUGGUUGCCCAGUGGUUCCUAAACAACCCAUAUAUACAGAGGAUGACUAUGAUGAAAGAUCAGACUCCUCAGACUCUAGAAUUUUAAACUCCUCAUCUUAAAAUGUAUAGAUCAACCUAAAUGUGAAGUACCAGAAUGUGCUUCCAGAUACGCUUUCACUGGCAUUUCAGUUAAAAAGGAAGACCUUUUUUAAGAAGAUCUUUUUAAAUACUGAUCUUUUUCUUGUGUCAGGACUGAGUUGAGGCCUAAGGUAACUACUUCCACUUUAAUCUAAGUGUUUGUUAAUAAAUAAUUGCCUUUUUUGACACUAAUAGUGGACAGCUAUAGCAAGAAAAAUACAGAGAUUAUGUGUAUGGAUAUCUAUAUGUAUACCAAGCUGCAUGAAAUAAACUGUGAAUAUGUCUCAGAAGUAGAAAUGAUCAAGUAAUGUAGCAUGUUAAGAGUAGAUCAAAUAAACCAUUAUACUGAGAUUGAGCCGUGUCAGGUUUUUUUUAACCCUUUCCUUUUAUGCGCCGCAAAUGUUCAAUGUUAAGCAUAUGACAACAAAUCUGUAUUUAUUAUGGCGUAUAGUUUAAUAAAGUCAUCAGAAUAUUUUACCUUUGGGGCAGUCUCUGAGAAAAGUGCAGUUUCUGUAAUGCCAGUGCACCAGUAAUAUUGUCCCUGCUAAAACAAAUGGGUUUGUCAGCUAUUUUCCAUUGCAAAGCUCAAACAGUACCGGCCUUACUACAGAAAUUCCACUUUGCUCAUGCCUGCUCAGAGUAUGCCCCAAAGGUAAAAUAUGCUGGUGACUUCAUUAAAGAUACCAGAUAACAGAGAGAAGUGCAGAAAUCAUAAGAGAUGAUAUUAUGGGACAUAGACAAAUGAAACAAAUACAUAUCAUGCAAAUCAGAGGAUAUAAAUGAUUACGUGAGACAUAGUUCUAAUAGAA